AUGCUGAUGAAGUCCCUAUCUACAGCGAAUGUGAUCCUCUCCGCCAGCAGCACUGCGGCCCUCUGUGUCGUCAUCGCACUGCUCCUGCGGCAGCAGCUGCAAUCGCCUCUGAAGAGGAAGUGUGUCGAGGAAAGCCACGGCUUCUAUCACAGUGUGGACGAUGCUGAGUGGGGGAAAAGGAAGGGAAGGCUGGCGCGACAACGGGCACUGCAGGAGACCCUCACGAAUGACCGAGUGGAUGCCUACAUCUCGGCACUUAACGACAUCUACACAAACAUCUUGCCCAAGAACCUGACCGUCGAUGGCAGGACCUGGUCACAAUUUCAUUUUGAGCCAGAUUGAGCUGCGAGUGAGUGAGAGGGGGCUGAGGGGCCGGCGAAACGGUCAAUGAAGAUGGGUGGCAUCGUUGUGUGUGUGAAUAUAUCUGUGCAGAUUGCAAGAGCGUCUUGGCACACCUGGCGACGGCGGCAAGUGGAUCUGUGACCCUCAGCGGCUCCUCGACCUCCACAGCAGUCAUCCGCCGCCCACGCGGCACCCGAGGUCACCCAACGGUCAUUCCUGCCAGCCGGACAGCGGCCAUGCCUCGUCUACAGGUAUCCACACGCGCACACCACCCUCCCUCUCGCUCGCCGGAGAGUCAUGGAUUUAUUGGCCUCAUGUGUGUCAAUCGAUCAGUUUCGGCUCUGGCGACGAGUGGGGCUUCGAGGAGGGCAUCAUCGACACAUUUGGCGACCUGUGCGACGUCCACACAUUCGACCACACCAUCGGAGCCGCCCCACCACACAGACCGGCCAGCGUGCACUUCCAUCAGUGGGGUCUGGGGGAGCCGGGCGAGGGCCAACAUCUGACGGCGGACACUCGAGGGCCGCUGGUGGCCAGCCUGACCGCCAUUCGCAAGGCCCUGCAGCACGACAACCGAGUCAUCGACAUGUAAGCUGAGCACGAUUGUUGGUGGAUGCGGUAUCGUCCUUUCGUUUGCUGCAGAGUUAAGUUCGACAUAGAGCAGGCCGAGGUGCCCUGCUUGACGCCCCUGCUGCAGAACGCAGUGGCAGGGCGGGGCGAGCAGUGGCCAGGCCACCCCAAUCAGCUCAUUCGGCAAGUGCUGCUGGAAACCCAUCUCCUCCGCAACACCAGCAGCCACACGGUGGACGAGAUGCGCGAGGAGCAGGAGGCCGUGGGUGCGAUGCUGCAGGGGUUUCUCGACAACGGGUACGUGAUCUUCAGCAAGGAGGCGAACAUGUUGUUUCUGUGUUGCGGCACAUCAGUCGAGUACGGGUUUCUGAAGCUGGGUUUGCCCACUGCGUGA